AUGAUGAGUAGCGCUUUGACGCGAAAACGUAAAAGGCCAAAGCAUAGCCUGUCGGUAUUACCAGUGGAAGAAGCUGAUCAAAGAGGUAACGCGGAAGGAGGAGGAGGAGGAGGAGUUGCUCUAAAGAAAGGUCCAUGGACAAAGGAAGAGGAUGAAAUUUUGGUAGAUCAUAUUAAGAAGUACGGAGAGGGAAACUGGAAGGCAGUCCAGAAGAAUUCAGGACUUGCUCGCGAUGGGAAAAGCUGUCGUCUACGAUGGUUGAAUAACUUGAGGUCAGGACUGAAAAAGGGUCCAUUUACUGCUGAAGAAGAGCGCAUAAUGCUCGAGUUCCGCUAUCUGAAGGGAAGCAAAUGGGCUCAAAUGGCUUCAUUGUUGCCUGGACGUACAGAUAACGAGAUAAAGAACUUUUGGCACACAAGAAGUAGGAAACGGGAACAAGCUGGCUUACCAAUCUACCCUGACGAGAUAUCAUCCAAAUGUUCGUUAAUUGGAAGUCAAGAAAUUGAUGACAUGUUGGCAAAUGAAUUCAGCCGGCCUGAUGAAACAGAAAACUUCAACUUGGAUAUAACUGACUUGGACCUUAAAGAUUUCAAAUUCCGCCCAGAUAUGUUGCCGUCAUAUUUUGAUUCAAAAGAUUGCAAACUAAUAAGUGACUUGGUUGGAUGGCGCUCAGAUUUGUCUCAUAAUACCAUAUCCACGCGUCCCUCAAAGUGUCCUCGUGUAUCCGUAGUGCCGCACCGAUAUUUGAUCGGCAGCAGUAAUGAUGCUGUCCCGGUAGUAAUUGAUCAGUAUCGCCAAUAUCCUAUGAAGUCUACUCCAUGUGAUCCAAUUCUUAAUACCAACCUUCAUCAUGGAUAUGAUAACCCUUCAACUGGAUUUCAUGUCACACCAAAUAUCUCUUCUCCUCAGCCCAUAUAUGGAUCCAUGAGGUUAGAGCCCCCUUCAUUCCAAAAUUUACAGACUCAACCGUGUAGCCGGAGCGGCAUGUAUGUGCCCCAAAAUCCCACAUUUGAGUCUGUUGACACACCGGUUCAGGCUCCUCUGAUUGAGCCUGUUGACACGCUGGUUCAGGCUCCUCUGAUUGAGCCUGUUGACACGCCGGUUCAGGCUCCUCUGACACAAUGGAAUGGACUAGAUGACGAUCAUGGCGCUAAUUAUGAUAUUUACGGUGGUGCACUUAAUCAGCUACCGGCUUAUUCUUCUUUUGACAAAGAAGAUAGUUUGAAUCAGAUAGAUUUGGCGCUACCAGAUGUCGUGCUUGACUCUGGCUGGCAUUGA